CGCCCACUCGUGACGUCAGCGCAAAUAGGAAGAGGACAGCAUGAAGGUGGACUGGCUGUUGUUGUUGUGUCUGUUUAGUCAAUGACAGGUCAAUGUUGAUCGUGUUUGAAUGGCGGAAUCAAACAGCUGGAGGUCUCACCGGGAGUCCGACGGGAACAGAUCGAUUCCGAACGGCGACGACGCCCGCAAUGUCCGGGAAACCGGAGUACAGACCGAUGCCAAAGUACAAGGUCAGGGGCCUCGACUAUCCAAAGCCAACCUCUUCACACUGUUGAGUCUAUGGAUGGAGCUUUUCCCAAAGAGAGAAGCCUGUCAACAAGAAAACGAUGCUGCUGGAGUAAGUGGUCUUGUGGUGGUCCACGAGUGCAGAGUUUUGGGUCUGCAUUGCUCCAGUGCUCAGUUACACGCAGGACAGGUGGCUGUGGUCAAACAUGGACCCAGACUGAAGAGCUGUGAGCUCUACUUCUCCAGAAAACCCUGUUCAACAUGCCUGAAGAUGCUCAUCAAUGCGGGAGUGAGCCGGAUCUCCUACUGGCCUGGUGAUGCUGAGCUCAGCCUGCUGUCUGAAAGCCUCCAUCACGGCAGCUCGUCUGCUCUUCAGGAAGCUGUUCUGGACGCCACUGCAGCAGAACGCCUGAAGUCCAACAGCAGACCUCACAUCAGCGUGCUCCUGCAGCCCCUGGACUGCACCGUCCUGCAGUUCCUGGACGAAACCUCACAAAACGCAGACUUUCUUGGGAAGAUCGUUGCGGACAAUCCGGCGCUGGACACUGGAGAUAUCUACCGGAGGGAAUUUUGGAACAACUCGGACAACUUCUUAGAGAAGUUCUUCAUAAGCGAUGAGGAGCGGCAUAAGUAUGUGCUGAACAAGAUGGGGCUGGAGAACUUUUGCAUGGAACCAAAUUUUAGCAACCUGAGGCAGCAUAUGAGGAAUCUGAUACGGAUCCUGGCGUCUGUGGCCUCUAGUGUUCCCGCUCUUCUAGAAGAUUACGGUUUCUUCAUGAGGGAGCCUGUUGGGAUGGGUUCUCCAGGUUUACCUCAGGAUGUCAUACGACACUGUGUCAUACAGGCCCGCUUACUGGCGUGUAGAACAGAGGAUCCUAAAGUUGGAGUCGGUGCAGUUAUUUGGGCAGAGGGAAAACAGUCACAGUGUGAUGGCACGGGUCAGCUUUAUCUAGUGGGCUGCGGAUACAACGCUUAUCCAGUGGGCUCACAGUACGCAGAGUAUCCUCAGAUGGACCACAAGCAGGAGGAAAGACAGAACCGGAAAUACAGAUACAUCCUUCACGCAGAGCAGAACGCACUCACGUUCAGGAGCGCAGAGAUCAAAGCAGAGGACAACACCAUGAUGUUUGUGACCAAGUGCCCGUGUGACGAGUGUGUCCCUCUGAUUGGCUGCGCUGGAAUAAAGCAGAUCUACACCACUGACCUGGACAGCAACAAAGUCAAACACGACAUCUCAUACCUCAGGUUCAACAAACUCAACGGCGUCCAAAAGUUCAUCUGGCAGCAGAGAUCUUCCAUUAGAAACACUUCAGAACAAGAUGCUCUCCCUACAGCAAGUGUGUUUUGUUUUAUUUCUACAAAAAUAAUACAUAUAUGGCAUGUGAAUUAUUGUUUAUUAGUACCUGAAUCCUUAAUUUCCAUGGUAAAAUCUAUAAUAUUUGUUGUUUUUUCUUUGCAGAUGGUUGCUUUAAACGAAAAGACGAGGAAAGCAGUUUUAAGUGCAAUAAAAGACCGCGAUCUUAGAUGAUAUUUUAAAAGCUGCUUUUCUGUCUGCAUAGCAGCAACAUUUUCAGAUACAGCAAUUAAUACUGUACAUCAGAAACUGUCCAACACCCUGAUGAUGAAGAACAGUUGAACCUGCCGUCCUCAUAUGCUGCAUGAUGCAAAUCAGCAAAGUGUUUAUGUUUAGCGUACUGUAAAUGCAUUUCAGAGACCAGGUUUGGGGACUUUGGGGUUUUAUAAUUGCGCAUUAAUUGUCAAAUUGACAAGAUAACCGUUUCAUCAUGUGCUCGUGUGAAAUAUAUUUAUUGAAAAUGGAGAAUUUAAUUUACAUAGCACAAAUUUGCACUAUUGCAUUUUUUUGGGGGGAAAAAAUGAGUCAAUGAUGCUGCUAAUGCUUCACUUGAUCUUUAUUGAUACGGUACUUUUAGCAUUUCAGAUGAAAACCGCACCGGUGUUUGUAGUAGGAAAGAUUUUGACUUCAUAUUGUGAACACACGGUUUGGCAUUUUCAAUGUAAAGGCUGACAAAUAUUCAAUAAAUGUGGCUCAGACGGA